UAUCAACCAUCCCAUGUUCGACCUCACCUAUUACACAAGUACUUUUGACAUCAUAAAUAUUCGUUAUAUUCCUUAAAAAUCAUAUAAACCGAAUUUCGAAAAGAAAACAAUGGACAAAUGCGUGAACCCUUUCGACAUUUUCGCUUAAUUGUCAAUAUUUUAUUAGUACUAGAGAUCAAGCUUGGCAUUGCCAUUGUAACGAUAACGGCGGCGUAUCAAAAUGUGUUGGGGUCAUUUAUGGCGCCCACGGAGAAACGUUUAUUGUUCUCAACAUUAGUCAAUUUGUAUAUAAUGGGCUUCCAACUGAUUGCAACAUACCUAUGUAGUCUUUCGAUGUGGAGAACUAUAUGGACGCGAAGAUACUCGCGCAGCAUUCAAUUCCUUUUGAUGGUGUGGUCGGUGUUUUGUUGUAUUAUUAUUGUUGGUGGCUGUGUGACAAUGUGGUGUCUGCUUGAUAUGCCAGAAAUUCUGGGUGCGAAUGUAUCGCUGAUGCUGUUCCACGGCAUGGAGGUGUAUUACACAAGUCCAGCCUGGAAGUUUCUUUGGGAUGAGAUACAGUAUAAUAAUGAGUGUUGUGGUGUCGAGGGAUAUGAUGAUUGGAUGCAUGCCACAUGGAUGCCUAAGACGACCGUUAAACUAUCGAAAGAUUCUAGGCUAUAUAAUGGAGGCCGUUUCAAACACAAUUCUAAAGAAUCCAGAAUAAUAACUGACUGUGUACGAAAGGAGCCACAAGGCAAUCACGAAUCAACGGAAUUGUCGAUCUCAUAUGAAAAUCCAAGUUUAUCAAUUGAAGACGUUGAUGGUGGUGAUGAUAUUGGAUUGCGAAUUUUGGCUCCAUAUGCUUGCUGUAAACAUAACAGCUUGUCGUGCUAUCAGAACUAUCUUCCUCGCAGUGAUGAUACCGAUGACGGUAGUAUAUCUAGCAUGUCGCAUUUGAAUUUCACAGAAAUCAACACAAAACCUUGUCUACCGCUCUUCAAGGAAUAUUUGUGGUAUGCAAUGCAUAUCCUGAUGGUUUUGGUAUCAGCAGCUGUACUAAUAGAUUUAUUAAUUUGCUGCCUCACUAAAUAUUUUAUGUUUAAAAGUCGAUUUCAUAGCUACUGCGAACUGGAAUCAUCUUUUGACGAUGAUGGUAAUGCAUUAGUCGUUGUCAAGUGCCCUCCCAAAGUGAGGUGCGUAACCCUCGAAGAAGCAGUUUCCAUCGAUUCUGAUAUGGCCAAUGUUGGAUCAGAUGUUGAACCAUGUAUUUGUUGCUGUGACCUCGAAAUGGAUCAGAACUGUGGAAAUGCGUGCCAAUAUUUGACUGAUGAAAACCGGAGAGAUGAAAUUGCCCUACAUUAAUUUUUUAAGAAGUAAUUUAUUUUAAAAACUAAUUCAUAUUUACAAAAUAUUUAUUUAUGACAAUUUUUAUUUCGAAUUUAUAUUUGUAUGUUAUUCAUUGUGUGCAAAUACAAAUCUUUAAUUAUAGAUAAUA